AGACUCUUCACUUACAGCCAUUUUCACGUCUGCAUAUCUUCCCUCUGUUAUUAUUUAUAUAUAUAUAUAUAAGGAGAGAACUCGCAAAACCCAAAAGCCAUAUUCCUUCAAAUUUGGAACCACAGAAACUAAUAUUCUCUCUCUCUCUCUCUCUCUCUCUCUCUCUCUCUCUCUCUCUCCCUGUGGAGCCAUGGAAAUGGAGGGUGGGAAGCAAAACGACGGCGUAUUCGACGCGAGUGCGAUGCCGCCGUUCAAGAUAGGGGACAUAAGGGCGGCGAUUCCGAGGCAUUGCUGGGAGAAGAACACGUGGCGGUCCCUGAGUUAUGUCGUCAGAGACAUCUGCUCCGUCGCGGCGUUGGCCGUCGCCGCCGUCUACGCCGACAGUUGGCUCUUUUGGCCUCUCUAUUGGGUCGCUCAAGGGACCCUCUUCUGGGCAAUCUUCGUCCUCGGCCAUGACUGUGGGCAUGGGAGCUUCUCAGACAUUCCCCUACUAAACAGUGUUGUUGGUCACAUUCUUCAUUCAUUCAUCCUGGUUCCUUACCAUGGUUGGAGAAUCAGCCAUCGCACCCACCACCAGAAUCAUGGCCACGUUGAAAACGACGAGUCCUGGGUUCCGUUACCGGAGAAGCUGUACAAGGAAUUGCCCCACAGUACUCGGAUGCUCAGAUUCACCGUUCCAUUCCCCAUAUUUGCCUACCCUUUGUAUUUGUGGUACCGUAGUCCCGGGAAAGAAGGAUCGCAUUUCAACCCCUACAGCAAUAUCUUUGCCCCAAACGAGAGAACGCUGGCGGCCACUUCUACUACAUGUUGGUCCAUUAUGGUUGCCGUUCUCCUUUAUCUCUCUUCCCUCGUCGGUCCAAUCCCCGUCAUCAAAGUCUACGGCGUUCCUUACAUGAUAUUUGUUAUGUGGUUGGACGCCGUGACGUAUUUGCAUCACCAUGGGUAUGACGAGAAGUUGCCUUGGUACCGGGGAAAGGAGUGGAGUUACUUACGUGGAGGAUUGACAACCGUUGAUCGUGAUUACGGCAUCUUCAACAACAUCCACCACGACAUCGGAACCCAUGUCGUGCACCAUCUCUUCCCUCAGAUCCCUCAUUAUCACUUGGUCGAAGCUACGAAAGCGGCUAAACCGGUGCUUGGGAAAUACUAUCGCGAGCCAAAGAAGUCGGGUCCGAUCCCGGUUCACCUGGUCGAGAGUUUGGUUUCGAGCAUCAAGAAGGAUCACUACGUGAGCGAUACCGGAGAUAUAGUCUUUUACGAGACCGAUCCCGAUCUCUAUGUUUACGCUUCUGAUGAUAAAAAAAUCAACUAAGUAAAAAAAUAAUGGAAUAAUGGCUUACGGGGUCGUCAUUAGACAAGAUCAUAGAAAUAAGGAUUUUGUUAAAUGUACUUUUAUUACAUUUCCAUAUCAUCUUCUUUGAGAGACUGAAAGUUUUUGUUAA